AUGGCUUCAGAAUGGGAUAAGGCAAUGCAACAAUUUCCAUCUAAUCUUUUACCAACUUUUCCCAACUAUGGAUUUUUGAUGAAAAAUGGUUGUAAUGGAAUAGCGAAAAAUGUAAUGAAUUGGCCAGCUGAAAUGAUUCUUGGCGGAAUUCGCCAAAUUGGAAAUAACGUCGAAGCGGAUGCUCUACAAUCGGUCAUUCUUGUUGCUACUCCAACGGAUGUCUUUCGACGUUUUAAGGAUUCUAACAUAUUUUCUGGUAUAAACUCGACUUUAUCUUCCAAAGAUUGGUCUCCUCUUACUGCUCGGGAUAUCAUUCAAGAUUGGGCUCGUGCGUUUACUGAUAAAAUUUACAACCAUGAUUUAAAUAAAAAUGGUCAUCGUGUCGUACAUUCUUUAGCGUCCAAUUCAAUUUCUGAUAUGUUGGCAGAGUUUUGUGAUUUUAAUUAUGCAAUUAUUCUUGUUGGUUAUUUAUUGAUGCUUGUUUAUGCCCUUUAUUCUCAAUGUCGUUUUGAUGGUUGUUGCUCACUUGGUGUAGAAUCUGCUGUGGGGCUUGCAUUAGCGGGUGUAUUAACUGUUACACUCAGCAGUGUUGCCGGUCUGGGUAUUUCAACAUGGUUUGAUAUCCAUUUCAAUGCUGCAACAACCCAGAUUGUUCCUUUCUUGGCACUAGGAAUUGGGGUUGAUAAUAUGUUUAUGCUUUUGCAUUCUUACCCCGAGGUCGUUUCAAAUGUUAAUCGAAAUGAGCUUGGAUUUCUUCUCAAACAGACUGGUGUUUCUAUUUUGAUCUCUUCUCUCAAUAACAUCUUUGCUUUUUGUGCAGGAACAAUUUUGCCAAUACCGGCAUUACGAUCUUUUUGCGCACAAACAGCUAUUUUGUUGUCAGUAAAUCUGGUUGGUAUCUUUCUCAUCUAUCCUGCUUUUAUUGCUUUGGAUUUAAAGAGGCGUAAAGCUGGAAGGAGGGAUUUGGCGUUUUUAGCUUAUUAUUGUCUCUGUAUGGAUGAAAGUGUUGGAACUGUUCAACAUUAUCAACACCAAAAUAAUGACAACAAUGGAGUAACUCAUCAGGAAUUAAUAAAUGCGACAAAUGAUUAUGAAUGUGCCAGUCCGCCUUAUUUACCGGCAGAUUUGGACAAAACUGUUAGUAGUUGCAAACACCCAGAAAUUGUUUAUACCCAACCAAAGCUCAACAACGUUCAUCAAUUUAAACGUACCAGAAAACGAAAACAAAAGAAGUCCUAUAGAAUGUAUACUCUUCAAGGCUUUCUUCAUAUUGUUUACAUUCCAUUAUUAAAAUAUACGACUUUUAAGAUUGGUGUGCUUCUAUCAGCUUUCGGACUGUUUCUUUUGAGUCUUUACGGAAUAAGCCAUUCAACUAUUGGUCUUGAGUUAAGUGACAUUUUACCUGAAAAUUCGGCACCAGCUGACUUUUUAAAAACACGCGAUCGGUAUUUCUCGUUCUAUCCUAUGAGUAUUGUGUUGCAUGGUGAACAGAUAGAUUUUCCUGCACGACAACACCAGAUAGAUUUGUUGCGCAAUGAAAUUGGUUAUUCACGUUUUGUUGUCAAGUUGGCUGAUGGUGAACCUUCUGAACGAUAUUGGCUUCAGCUAUUUCGUGAUUGGCUUAUUGGAAUGCAGCAACGCUUAGAUAAUGCUAAAAUUCAAUUUGGUGAUUUAAAUUCUCCAAAUUUAACUUCGUCAAUGAUUGGCAAUCCUGACUUACAAAUUGCAUUUUCUCUGGCAUGUUCUUAUGGAGAAAAUUAUGAUUGCGAUCGGGUUAACUUUGUGCGUUUAAUUGAUGAGAGUGGGACAAUCAACUCUGAUGGUUUUUACAAUUAUCUGUAUGGAUGGCACGAAUAUGAACAAAUGUUCUAUGCUGUUUCUCAAGCAAAUUUUUAUCCUCGAUUGAAAAAACUACGCCAAGGAACUCCUGGAAAUAUGAAAUAUCGUUAUUUUAUCCCACCCGCACCAAAGCCACUAUUCAGCCGUAUUCCUUUCUAUCUUUCUGGGUUGCAUGAUACGCCGACCAUAAUGCAAAUGAUUCACGAUAUUCGAUCUAUUAGCGAGAAUUACACUCGCAUGGGAUUGGUCAAUCACCCCGAGGGUGUGCCAUUCACUUUUUGUUUAAUAAUUUUCAAUCCAUGGGCGGCUGGGAUAGUCACUUUGGUUGUGUUGAGCAUGACUGUGGAAUUGGCUGGUUUUAUGGGGUUGGCACAUGUCAAGUUAAAUCCUAUUUCCGCUGUUACGUUGAUAACGGCUGUCGGUAUUGGUGUCGAAUUCACUGCUCAUGUCGUUUUGGCUUUCCUCACUUCGUUAGGUACUCGGCAUGAACGAAUGGAGGAAUGUUUAAAACAUAUGUUCGUCCCAGUAAUUCAUGGCGGAAUGAGCACUCUUUUGGGCAUUGUGAUGUUAGCCUUUUCUCAAUUUGACUUCGUUUUUAAAUACUUUUUUGUGGUUAUGACUGCACUAGUAAUUAUUGGAAUGUUAAAUGGUCUUGCACUUUUGCCUGUUCUUCUUUCGAUAAUUGGACCACCCUGUGAGAUAAAACCGGUCGGUGAUGGCGCAGUUAAUCGCCUUAGAUGCCUAUCUGUCAACGACAAACCAAGGCUUAAACAAUUGACAGCCUCUACCAAAUUCUAUUUACCUUCUUCUAACCUAUCAACAUUUCACCAUUAA